AUGCAGAUGAACUUGCAGUUGAGAGAAGCCAUAGCAACCACUCAUUAGAAAUACAACAAAAUCUAGCAGCCAAAUCCAUUCUCACCCUUAGCUUUUCCACCACCAAACCUAUAGAUCAAAAAGAGAAUUAAAUUCCAACAGAACAAAAUGCAUAUUGUUCUGUCACAAUUCUUCCUCCACCAACUAAGCCUCUCUUUUCUUCCUCUUAUUCUUCAUUCCAUGGCCAAGAACCUACUUGAAUAAUUGCUUCACUUUGUCUCUUCACUGUUUUUUUUUCUUUUUCAAAAUUUUCUUCCAUUUAAGCCAUGACUUCUUCUUACAAUUUAUCUAGUAUUAGAAACACUACAAAAUCAGAAGCCAUGUUAGUAGCUCAAAAAUCUUAUCUUUUCUAUCCAAGACAAAGGCUUUGUGUAUUUUCCAAUGAAACCCAAUUUCCCAAGAAAGAUUUUCUUGUACUGAAGCCCCAAAUUAGUUCUGGCUUUUCAUUUUUGAGACUGAAAAAUACCAGCUUUAGACACCCUUUUGCUGCCUUAUCAUCUUUUGCUGAAGCAGAUGGUGAUAAAGGUGAGAACUUUGAAGUAAAAACCGACCAAGAACAUGCCAAUUCUUCUUCUGAGGAAGAUGAUGAAUUGCCUGGAAUGGCACAAGCUUUUCACAUAUCUUCAAGCACAGCUUCUGCUAUAUCAAUAUGCAUUGCACUAGCUGCACUGAUUUUGCCAUUUUUCAUGAAAUCUUUGGGUCAAGGAUUGGCCUUGAAAUACAAGAUGUUGUCUUAUGCAACAAUCUUGUUUGGUUUUUACAUGGCUUGGAAUAUUGGAGCAAAUGAUGUGGCAAAUGCAAUGGGAACAUCAGUUGGUUCAGGGGCAUUGAGUCUGAGGCAAGCAGUGAUCACAGCAGGGAUUCUUGAGUUUGCAGGGGCACUCUUAAUGGGAACACAUGUUACUAAUACAAUGCAGAAGGGUAUUCUUAUGGCUAAUGUUUUCCAAGGAAAGGAUACUUUACUCUUUGCUGGUCUGCUUUCUUCUUUGGCUGCUGCUGGAACAUGGUUGCAGGUUGCAUCAUAUUAUGGUUGGCCAGUAUCCACUACACAUUGUAUUGUAGGAUCUAUGGUUGGUUUUGGUCUUGUUUACGGGGGACCCGGUGCAGUCUUUUGGAGUUCAUUGGCAAGGGUAACUUCCUCAUGGGUGAUCUCACCUUUACUGGGAGCAGCAAUGUCCUUUCUCGUGUACAAAUGCAUCCGGAGGUUUGUGUACAGUGCUCGGAACCCAGGACAAGCGGCUGCAGCAGCUGCACCUAUUGCUGUCUUUCUUGGUGUCACCGGAAUUUCUUUUGUAGCUCUCCCUCUGAGCAAGACUUUAACUCUAGCAAUUGGCCAGGCUAUAACCUGUGGCGCUGUUGGUGCUUUUGUAGUUGACAGGAUCAUUCGGGGCCAACUCGGUCACCUCCUUGCCAAGUCCAGUUCAAAAGAACCAGAACCAGAACCAGAAACUACCGACUCCAAAAACAUUGGAUUUCUUUCAGAUAUUGCAGGACCUAAAGGAACACAACUGAAAAUAGUUUAUGGUGUGUUUGGCUACAUGCAAGUGUUAUCAGCCUGCUUCAUGUCAUUUGCUCAUGGUGGAAAUGAUGUCUCCAAUGCAAUAGGACCAUUGGCUGCAGCAUUGUCCAUUCUACAGGGUGGACUCAGCGGAGCCGACAUUGUAAUUCCAAAUGAUGUUCUAGCAUGGGGAGGCUUUGGAAUUGUGGCAGGGCUAACAAUGUGGGGAUACAGAGUGAUUGCAACUAUUGGAAAGAAGAUUACAGAAUUAACACCCACCAGAGGAUUUGCAGCUGAAUUUGCAGCCGCGUCUGUGGUUUUGUGUGCGUCCAAGCUGGGGCUACCAAUCUCAGGUACGCAUACCCUGGUGGGAGCAGUCAUGGGUGUCGGUUUUGCCCGAGGACUUAACAGUGUAAGAGCAGAGACAGUGAAAGAGAUUGUGACUUCCUGGUUAGUAACAAUUCCAGCGGGUGCUACCUUUGCUGUUAUCUACACAUGGAUAUUCACUAAGCUCUUAUCAUACAUACUCUGAGUGUAAAUUAACAGACAACGCCACCACUCAAACUUCUUGGAUUAAUUAUAAAAUCACACAGAUAACCUUUCUGUCGUGAUUUGAGAAAUGCAAUUUUUGAACCUUGAGGAGGAUCCAUGAUCAAGAGUAGUAGUCCAUUCAGUUUAGAAGACAAACAAGCUUUGGUUUCUGCCUAGCACUUUUGUGUUGGAUUUAAGCAAAUGUGAUUUUGUUUCUUUGUAUUUUACUUCCAUAUCAGGUUGUUGAUCUUAGACAUUAAAGUUUGAAACUGUUCUUCACAUGCCUGGGACCAGUAGGUCAACAUCUCAGUGCCCAAUUAACAAGAAAUUACAGUUAA